AUGACUGUAAAUCAAAUAGAUCCAACAAAAGUGCGGUUGAGUGAUAGUCCACUAGAUGAUUAUCAGAGACUUUACUUUCUAAAUUUAUUUUCAGAUAUAGAUAAUAAGAAUCAUAAUAAUAAUGGCCAGCCAUCGUUAUAUAUUAAUGUGAAAAAUGUUAUAUUUAAAACAAGUUAUAAUGAAAUUUUCAACGAUUUAAGAAAAUUUAUUACAAUUAAUAAUAAAAAUAAAUCAAUCGUUAAACAAAAUGUAGCAAUAGAAUUGAAUGGGGAAAAAAAUAACUUAAAUUGUCUGGAAUAUCAGGUUCCAAAUAUUUUAAUACAUUCAGAUGAGUCACAACAUACUGUUUAUGAUAUUUCAGAACAAUAUUGGAAAAGAUUAGCUUCAACUGAAAAAAAUAUUUUCCAAUUUUUGAAGGGUGAGCUUAACUUAGAUAAUAAUUUAAUUAUAUCAGAUUAUGAGAAUGGCAAAAUUAAGUUUUCUAAUGAUAAUUUCACAUUACCAACUUCAUGUCGUAAACGUCAAAAUUCUGUCGUCGGUAAGGUAAAAGUUGUAGAAAAAAAUGACAGUAAUUCAAUGAAAAUAAUGUUUUCACAGAAUCAACAAGAUAUCAUAUUAUUAAAUCCAAACAAUUAUAUAAUAUGGACUGAAAAACAUCAACAUGUCUUUUUCAGUGGGAUUUGGAGGUUAUAUCAAGAUGUAAUUAGAGCUUUAUCAAACUCUCCAAGAUAUACGGUUAAAUCACUGAAGAAUAACAAUGAUGAUGUAAAUCAAAGUAAUUUGGUCCUACAGAAAAUCUGCGAAUCAGAGUUUCGCUUCACAAUGAACUAUGCAUUUUCAGGAAUAGAUAUUGGAGCUGAUAUUAAAAAGAUUAGAAUGAGAAGAUCAAGAAAACAUAAUUGUAGUCAUCCAAAUAAAUCAUCGUCAGUUAAUAAUUUUUCUGUCGUUGCGAAUGCUAAAUAUAUUGAUUUUCCAUGGAGUUAUGUUGAUGCAUCUUUAGAGAAACGAUUAUUAGAUGAGUACAAACAAUAUUUGAAAACUACACAAUCUUUGACAGAGGAGGAAAUAGAUUACUUGCAAUUCAAAGAUUUAAUACAAAAAAUACGUGGCGGCUAUACAAAGAUACAAGGUUGUUGGUUACCAUAUACAAUAGCUAGGGAGUUUUGUCUUAGGUUCUGUUACCCAAUAAGGUAUUUACUGAUACCAGUCUUUGGUGAAUCAUUUCCCGAUGAAUGCUCUGAAAAAUAUUUUUUAAUGAAACUGAAAGCAACUGGUAUUAAUGGUCCAGUUAUACACACAAGUAAAAUUAAACAUAAUGAAAGGAAUAGAAAGAUUUCCUCAAAGGAUACUAGAACCACAAGGACUCAAGAGAAAGCGACCAAACAACCAAAAAAAUCAGGUUCAAAGAGGGUGAGAAAACCACGUAAUUCAGCAGAACCUUCAAAUAAGAAGCAAAAAAAGCCAUCCGAAAACAAAAUGAAACAUGAAUCUUCAAUUACUACCAAAACCCAGAACCUGGUACUUCCUAAUCAAGAUAAAACCCCUGUCACAACAGCAGUUGUUAAUUCAUCAUGUAAUGUUAACCAGGUCCCUCCACGUAAAAGGUCAUCUGCGCAGAUGGAAAUAGAGAAUCUAAUAGAUCCUUUAACCACAAUAAAUAUAGCACCCAUUUCAAAUAUUCAAACUCCAAAUACUGCAUUUAAUGACAGAAUCAUGCAACUACAAGACUUAAGAAGCGCCGCAACCCAAAAUAUCCAUAGAGAAUCAAUCCUUCCAGAUUUAAAUUAUAACAGAUCAUCUUCGUGGUCUAUUUCUUCAAGUUCAACCUUCAUGACCUUUGAUAAAAAUUCAGAGGACAUCUUACCACCACUCAGCUCCAUUUUAUCGAUUCCAACUACCAUUAAAAAUCCGAUCUGCUAUCGCAAGAACUCAAAUGAAUCUGUCAAUGCAUCGUAUAUUUUAGAACCACCAUCUAAUGUAUCCAAUUAUAGUUAUAGAAAUCCAAGACCAAUUUACUACCCACUAACUCAUAGAGACAUGAAUCGUAACAAUUCAAUUUAUUCUCUAACUAGCAGCGCCAUGGGUUUUAGAGACACUCAAAAUUCAUUUAGAAAAGAAGAUUAUGAAAAAAAUCCAGUCAUCCUAAAAAGAGCUUCAGUCGAAAAAGCGUUUCAAAUUAUUUAA